AUGGCACAAACAGACCCGACAACACUGAAAGAGGAGAGUCAAGAACUCAGUGUUCAGCAUGAGAAAUCAGAAAAAAGAGCUCAAAAGACAGCAAAUAGAAGUUAUUUCACCUGCCAACAGUGCGGGAAAAGUUUCACCAGAAAGGGAUUCCUUGAAGUCCACAUAAGAACUCACACUGGAGAGAAACCUUUCACCUGCCAACAGUGUGGAAAGAGUUUCAUUCGAAAAUCAAACCUUAAUUACCACAUGAGAGUUCACACUGGAAAGAAACCAUUUGUCUGUCAACAAUGUGGUAAGAGUUUCACUGAAAAAGGGAACCUUAAUCUUCACAUGAGAAUUCACACUGGAGAGAAACCUUUCUCCUGCCAACAGUGUGGGAAGAGUUUCACUCAAAAAGCAUAUCUUAAAAAACACACACUAAUUCAUACUGGAGAGAAGCCUUACGCAUGCUCUCAAUGUGAAAAGAGUUUUACAGAUAAACGACACCUCGUUGACCACAUGAGAGUUCACACUGGAGAGAAGCCUUUCACCUGCAAACUGUGUGGAAAGAGCUUCAUUCGAAAAGCAAGCCUUAAAUACCACAUGAACAUUCACAGUGGAGAGAAACCUUUCAUAUGUUCUCAAUGUCCAAGGAGUUUUACACAUAAAUAUAGACUUGAAGGCCACAUGAGGAUUCAUACCAGAGAGAAACCUUUCACCUGCCAACAAUGUGGAAAGAGUUUCACUGAAAAAGGAAACCUUAACAAACACAUGAAGAUUCACACUGAAGAGAAGCCGUUUUACAUGUGAUCAGAGUUUCGAACGUAAAGUAGCUCUGUAACGUGUACGAUCACACCGGUGUGAUUAUUGUUCAGUGUGUCGUGUGAUUAACUACUUCUGUGCUGAGCCAGAGAUGGACGUCGUGCUCAGCGCGGUCAAAAAUGUGCUUCCACUUGCUAUACUUAUUUUUGUGUAUGGCCCUUUAAUCACACUCUACCUGCACACUCCGCCCAGAUCUUGAUGUUUAAUGAACUGGUUACAGUAGGGUCAUUUAGAUUCACGCCAGCUGAGAGAGUGAAUGGCGUAAUAUUGACAUGUGUUUAGAAGAAUAUUGUAUAAUUUGUGUUCAUGCCACUGUUACAUGUGUGGUAAAAUCAAGUUUGAUGUUCACCUUCAUUAUAGAACAUGCACGUGUGAUUGCCGAAACUGA